AUGGAUAACCGUCGUUCUUUUUUCUUCCUCCUGUUGGUCUUUUACCUACUUUUGAGCUCUCAGUCACAUCCUCCGUUGAUCGAUGAAGAUCUCCAGCAUCAGCGUGAGCUCGAUCGAGAGCGGCAUGCGUUCCGACUGUUGAACGAGUCGCGGUAUGGCGACUUCAAUCCUUCGGCGGAUCGAUGGCUGCCAUUUGCAGGAGUACGGAAGAAUGACACCUAUGCCUGGGAUCUUUUCCCACAUGUCCAAGGACGUGUCCGACAUCAGUUGCAAUCCGUCCUCUCGGAUGCCGGGCUUCAACCUCCGAUCGGACUGGAUGACGCUAAUGCAUCGUCGCCACUGGAUCUAACCAAGCUCGUCCUCCCGGUAUAUCGUAAUGUUACCGGGAAACUACAAGGAGACUGGGUACGGAAGACAGAUGUGCAACGCCAGGUGCCUCUCAAUACGACCGCUAUCGUCCACGAGCACGAAUACUUCACCCACGAUUUCAGCUCGAACAUUACGGGAAACAGAGGCACUUUCCAUCUCGAUAUAGAAGAAGGUGGCGGGGAGGAGCUUCGAUAUGGAGAAGGACUCGUCCGCGAGAUACGGGCCAGCCUGACGGUUGAGAGCGAGGAUUUCUGGGGUAGCAGCUGGUACUUCUCGUUGUUCGGUGUUCAUUUUCCAGAAAUCGGAGGGAUUCUCUUGAGUACCUCGAGCGAGAAGUUUGACGGGAUUUUUUCUUUGCCGCACUUCACACUAUCUCCUGAUACUUAUGAGCUGUCCCGCAGACUUCUCCUCAAGUCGCUUUCAGACACCGUGUCAGAGAAGCAGGAUCGGCCCCCGAGUCUAUUCCCGUGGUCCUCGUUGGCAGGAACUGAGCAGAUCGAAUUUCCGGCGCCAAAAUGCGAGCUCGUUAUCUUCCUCCAGCAACAUCCGGUCAUGAUUGAUGACACUCUCGCGGAUCGAUUGCUGUUGGAGCGAAUGGAACAGGAGCUCAGGUAUCCAAUGGGAGCACCCAUUCCGGAUCCUCCCCUCAUGGUCAUGUCAGCAGUCGUCUUUUCACCCGACUGUGGGUAUCUACUCGAGACCAAAGGAACCCCAGAAUUCCCACCCUCUGAUUCACUAUAUCUAUCUGGGCCGAAAUAUGAGGAGUAUAAUAAGUAUGCUGCUCGUCUCAUCUUCGUUGUUUCUGCCGUGUUUGUGGGGCAGAUUGCCCUUCUUCUCCGGCAGAUCAAAGAGGCAUCGACUCCCUCCACGAGGAGCCGGGUCAGUUUCUAUACCAUUGCAUUGAUGGCGCUUGGGGAUGCAUUCGUUCUUACGUUCAUUGCGAUGGAGCUAUAUGCCGCUGUGUCAUUCUUGGUUCUGGCAACUGCUUUGUUUCUAGCAUUUCUCUCUGUCAGCUACAUUGGUAUGACAUUCAUGAUGGAGAUCUGGGCUGUGCAGGAGCCAGAGAGACGUGAAGAGCGACCGGUCGAUCCGCCGGCACCCAUAACCCGCCCAGGCACACUUCCCUUGCCAGCAACUGCUGCAGUCAGAGAUUCUGGUGCCACGCCAAUCAUUUUGACUCCGGAUCAAGACCCCCCUGACGACGACUUGGAGCCACCGCCCACCAACAACCGUACGACUGCGCCUACGGCAAGACAGCUUCGCACAGAUGUGGGUUCCAUGUAUGCGCGUUUCUACCUCGCGUUAUCUGGAAUACUUAUACUGUCUCUCUGGGCUCUCCUCAUCCUACCCAGAAGGCUGGGAGGAAUUUAUGCGCGCCUCCUGGCGGCGGUCUAUCUGUCAUUCUGGAUCCCGCAGAUCUACCGCAACGUCAUGCGAAAUUGUCGUAAAGCGCUUAGGUGGGAUUUUGUCAUUGGUCAGAGUAUCCUGCGACUAUUCCCGUUCAUGUAUUUCCUUACAGCGCGUGGAAACGUGUUGUUUAUUCGCACAGACUGGACAACCGCUUUCGUUUUGGCCGGAUGGGUAUGGAUUCAAGCCUGGUUCUUGGCUAGCCAGGAUAUAUUGGGCCCGCGGUUCUUCGUUCCUCGGGGCUGGGCACCCCCUGCCUACGACUAUCACCCAACUUUGCGGGAUACCCCUGGACCCGAUGAAGACCUUGAAGCUGGAGGUGUUUUGUCGAUCGCAUCGCUUCGAGCUGAUGAGCGUGAUCUCGUGACAGACUCGAAAGACGAUGACAAGCACAGAUCUAAGGAUCGCAAAAGAGUUAUAUUUGACUGUGCCAUCUGUAUGCAAGAUAUCGAGGUUCCCGUUCUUCCCGCGCCUACUUCCGCAGGCGGAAGUAGCGUUACUGAGGGGGCCUCGAGUAUCUUGAGCCGCCGGACAUACAUGGUUACUCCUUGUCGGCACAUCUUCCACACUGCUUGUUUGGAGAGCUGGAUGAGGCUCCGCCUCCAGUGCCCGAUCUGUCGCGAAUCCAUUCCCCCUGUAUAG